AGCCUGAGCCGGCGGUUGCAGUGGAGGCGGUGAUGUCGGUGCAGGUCGUGUCAACAGCGGCUGCCGCGAAAGUGCCUGAAGUGGACCUGAAGGACCUGAGCCCCCCUGAGGCGGAGCCGCAACUGGGACUGAGCACGGCGACCGUGAGCGCCAUGUCCCCUCCGGCGGGCGGCGGGGACCCAGAGGCUCCAGCCGCCGCGGAGCGGCCCCCAGCCCCUGGUCCGGGCUCGGGGCCCGCUGCUGCUCUCAGCCCUGCCGCCGGGAAAGUGCCUCAGGCGUCGGCCAUGAAGCGGAGCGACCCUCAUCACCAGCACCAGCGGCACCGCGACGGCGGCGAGGCCCUGCUCAGCCCCGACGGCACCGUUACCGAGGCGCCACGCACAGUCAAGAAGAUCCAGUUUGCUGACCAGAAGCAAGAAUUCAACAAACGUCCCACCAAAAUUGGGCGUCGCUCUCUGUCUCGUUCCAUUUCUCAGUCAUCCACUGACAGCUACAGCUCAGCUGCAUCAUAUACAGAUAGCUCUGAUGAUGAGACAUCUCCCAGGGACAAGCAGCAAAAGAAUUCUAAGGGAAGCAGUGACUUCUGUGUCAAGAACAUCAAACAGGCAGAGUUUGGACGAAGAGAGAUUGAAAUUGCCGAACAAGAAAUGCCUGCACUGAUGGCUUUGAGGAAGAGAGCUCAAGGAGAAAAACCUUUGGCUGGAGCCAAAAUUGUGGGCUGCACACACAUCACCGCUCAGACUGCUGUGCUGAUGGAAACUCUGGGUGCUCUGGGGGCACAGUGCCGAUGGGCUGCCUGCAACAUCUAUUCCACUCUCAAUGAAGUGGCUGCUGCUUUAGCAGAAAGUGGAUUUCCUGUCUUUGCUUGGAAAGGAGAGUCAGAAGAUGACUUUUGGUGGUGCAUUGAUAGAUGUGUGAACGUGGAAGGCUGGCAGCCAAACAUGAUCUUGGAUGAUGGAGGGGAUCUCACUCACUGGAUUUAUAAGAAGUACCCCAACAUGUUUAAGAAAAUCAAGGGCAUCGUAGAGGAGAGUGUAACUGGAGUUCAUAGGCUGUACCAGCUCUCUAAAGCUGGGAAGCUGUGUGUUCCAGCCAUGAAUGUCAAUGACUCAGUCACCAAACAGAAAUUUGACAACCUCUACUGUUGCCGUGAAUCAAUUCUUGAUGGACUUAAAAGGACAACGGACAUGAUGUUUGGUGGAAAGCAGGUGGUGGUCUGUGGCUAUGGAGAGGUGGGGAAGGGGUGCUGUGCUGCCUUAAAAGCCAUGGGCUCCAUUGUGUAUGUGACUGAGAUUGACCCCAUCUGUGCUCUUCAAGCCUGUAUGGAUGGAUUUCGGCUGGUGAAAUUGAAUGAGGUCAUCCGCCAAGUGGAUAUUGUUAUUACCUGUACAGGUAACAAGAAUGUGGUAACCAGAGAGCACUUAGACCGUAUGAAGAAUAGUUGCAUUGUUUGUAACAUGGGACAUUCCAACACGGAGAUUGAUGUGGCGAGUCUGCGGACACCAGAACUGACCUGGGAGCGAGUGAGGUCCCAAGUUGACCAUGUAAUAUGGCCUGAUGGCAAGAGGAUAGUAUUGCUGGCAGAGGGCCGUCUGCUGAACCUAAGCUGCUCCACAGUGCCUACAUUUGUGCUUUCAAUUACUGCUACUACUCAGGCUCUUGCCUUGAUAGAGCUUUACAAUGCUCCGGAGGGUCGCUAUAAGCAGGAUGUCUACCUGUUGCCCAAGAAAAUGGAUGAGUAUGUGGCCAGCCUACACCUGCCCACCUUUGAUGCCCACCUGACAGAGCUGACAGAUGAACAGGCCAAGUAUCUGGGACUCAACAAGAAUGGGCCCUUCAAGCCUAAUUACUACAGGUAUUAAGUUCCUGUAACUCAAGCCAGAAGAAGUUUUAAGGAAUAGAACUCCAAGCCUUUUCUCCACUCCUAUACAGGAAAGAACCCAGCAAGCUGCUUCUCCAGUCAGCUGCCUGCCGUGCUCACCCUAUAUGUUAGAUUAUUUAUUUAUUAAACUCUAGAAUCCAGUGCCUGUCGCCUUGACCCAGAGUGGUUACUGCCCCGAGGGCUGUGAGACCUGCAGAGGACAGGCUGAGGAAGGAAAGAAAUGGGGUAACCUUUCCCAGCGCAUCUUUGCGUUAUCUCCCAUUGACUGGAGCCUUAGCAUUUGUCAGGUUUCCCUUGUCCAGGCACAGGGUUAGUCCAGGGACUGCAGACUCUUUGUUGCUGGGGUUUUCUGGAAUAAAUUUUCAACAGCUGCCUUUCUCAGAUUUGGCUCAUCCCCAGGUAAGGCCUUUUGGAAGUCACUGAAUUAACAUGGCCUGGGUUCCUAGUCACUGCCUUCUUUAUAAAAUGGUUGGAAGGAAGGAUUUUUAUGGCUUUGGCAAGCUACACCAAGAACUCAGCUGUGCCUGUGCUUACUGGGAGUCUCCUUUACCCAAGAUUUCUUUCUUCUCCUUAAAUAUUUAUGUCCAUUUUAACACUUUCUGGUUCCAAGAGGAAUGUGCCUCCAUUAUUUGCUCAGCUACUCUGAUAUUUGUCAGACAUUUGUUUUGCCAUCUUUCUAACCCAACUAACCUCUGCUCAGGAAGUGGGGGGCAGCUCCACUGGGGCCCAUAGUUUUACUUCCCUGUCAUUUAACUGGAUAGUUUCCCAGGAAGCUCCCUCCAAAUUGACACUGUCUCAGAAAUGUGAAACAUUGCUUCCUGAAACUUUCUUUUAUUGCCUAAAACUACUUCUAAAACUGAGCAGGGAAAGGUAUACUUUCCAAGGGAUUUGGGGUAUAGGGCUUUGGAAAUGGGGCAGGUCUUUCAGGCCCACAGCUUAACACUGUAAAGAAGCAGAAUGUAUUUAUUUGUCUCCUGGGAAGGUCUUUGCAGCUAAACUAUACAGAGAUGACACUGUAAACUGUGUCCAGAUGAUCAAAACUAGCUUGAGUAGGUUGGACUUCAUCAGACAUUCAGCCAUUGAUGAAACAGAAAUCUGUCUCUGCAAUUUAGUUGUGGUAUUUCUUCCCUGUUGGGAUAUCUUUUUAUGUUCCAUCUUAGGAGUCUGUAUUUCAGAAGUUGUUUCUUGAGUAACUCCAAUGUUACAAACAAUUAGUAAUGUGAGCAGCCUGAAAUUUUACAUCCCACUUAAAAGUCUGAUUCCUUUUGGAGACAGACCUAUUGGUCUUGGGGUUCCAUUGAAACCAGAUUCGUUCCAAGAGUUCAAGUCUAGAGUGGCCCUGCGAACCCUGAAUGAAAUGAAUCCCCCUUCUCCCUUCCAACCCUGAUUACACUCUCAGGUUUGUUUGUUUUCCUAUUUUUUUUCCUAUCUUGGACUGCCUCAAAAUCUUAAGACCAAGGUGACUCAGGAAAACACCAGACCACCCAGGAUCACUGUAACCUCUAAUUCUCCUCCCCAACCUUCACCUUCUCCAGCUUGCCCUGCUCUUCACAUGUACCCUCGGAGACAGUCUGGAAGUGAUCUUCCUUUUGGAGGCAGGGAGGUGGACCUUAGGUAAAUGGCUCUUUGCCUCGUUUAAUACUAUAUAGGCUCGGCCCAUAGAGUCUGGUUCCUCAGAGGCCUUGUCUUAGCAAGUACUGGAAAAAGGCCACAUACAUGGCUAUAUUCUUUCAUGAAGAAGAUAAAUGCUGAAAAUCCCACAAGACCAUUUAAUUUUUUCAUUUGCCUACCCAGUUCUGAUUUUUGUAUUAAUUAAUUGGAUCUCUUUUAUAAAAGAUUCAGCUCUUUGUACCUUAUCUUAUAUCCAGAGGAAAUUCCAUUAGGCAGAUAUCUGGACUCUAGCCUAUUAUGUUCUUAGGCCAAAAGUCAUAACCUGCUGUUUCUCAGCAAAGCCUGGCUGUCUGUGGAGCUUUCUAUGUGCUGAUCCUGACAGAGCAUGCUCUGCCUUGCUGUAGUGAAGAGACCCAUUGCAGAUGACAAAGGAGCCACCCUGGGCUUCUAGGUUACGUUGCCAGUGUUGCUGCCCACAGUGAGGUAUUUGCCUGAGUUUCGGGUGACUUCUUUCUCUCUGUGUCAUCAAUCAUUAAGAAGAAGGAGGCCCAGGCCUCCUGAGAAUUUGGGUUCUACCUUAGUGCUGGAAUUUGGCCACUAUUCCCUCUACCGUUGGAAUCAGAGCAGAUGUGUCUUCUUCCCUCAAGCUCUCACCUAGGUAUCUGGAAGCAUGGGAAAGAAGACUAAUUAUCUCUGUAUGUUACCCUGGCCUGUGGGAAUACUUAUUUCCCCUAUGAUGAAUUUGUGCAAGUUUUCAAGGUCUUUUUUUGUCUUCUUAAUGGAAAUAUUGUUCUUUUUCUCAUUUUUUUUUUUUAAAGAAAGGUAUCUGGUCUACCUUCUCUCUACCCUCCCACCUCCUCAUCCUAGCCUCCCAUACGAGCACGGCUCCUCAUGGCCACAUACUCCUGCAAAGCUUUUUUGCUGCUUGGCUUUUCUCUGAACAGAUCUGAAAUUGCUGCUCCUUUGGUUUUCUCAAAAUUAACUUUGUCACAGUUUUAAAAAAGAAAUCUGAAUGCACUGUUGCAUUAAGCUUUUUUUAAUAAAGGAACAUUAUGGAAAGAAAAUAGGCAACACCAGCAAAUUGUAUGUGGACAAAUUCUAAACUAUAUAUACAUACAUAUAUAUAUAACUAAUCAUCUAGUUCUCAUUGUCAUCUUACUGAAAGGAAAUAAAACCUCUAAGAAUCACCAUUUCUGAAGAGGCUCUUGGAAAUCUUUAUGUCUAAGUGAUUGUAUUAGAUCAGCAAUAAUGAACAUGUAAUCUCAAAAGAUAAAUAAAAUAUUCUUAAAAUGGA